GAAAACCUGCUGAAAACGUCAUUUCUUCCAGGCAGGGAACGUUUCAUCGUGCUAUCGUUCCAAUUCCUUCUCUUCUUCAAUUUCUCGCGUUCUGAUUGGUUCUAUGAUGUAAACUGACGUCUCCAUUGUUUCCUCCGAAUAUUGUUUGCAUCAACAGCAUAUAGAAAAUGGCCGAUCCAUGCCAGGAUGUUUGAGACGAGAAGAUGGCGAAAUACUCCCAAAAUUCCACCUUGAAAGAUGGGCAAAUUGCCGGAUUGUACGACUUACAAGAAACUCUAGGAUGCGGGCACUUUGCUGUUGUUAAAGUUGCGAGACAUGUUUUCACGGGAGAGCGCGUGGCUGUUAAAGUGAUUGACAAAACUAAACUCGAUGAGAUCUCCAGAGCUCACCUCUUCAAAGAGGUUCGUUGCAUGAAGCUCGUUCAACAUCCAAAUGUGGUUAGACUCUACGAAGUCAUCGACACACAAACUAAACUUUAUCUUGUUCAAGAAUUAGGCGAUGGCGGUGAUAUGUACGAAUAUAUCAUGAACCAUGAACAAGGCCUCAGCGAAGACAAAGCCCGACAUUAUUUCCAGCAAAUUGUACUCGCCAUUGACUAUUGCCACAAACUACACAUAGUGCACCGGGAUUUGAAGCUCGAAAAUGUGAUAUUCUUCAAGAGUUUGGACGUAGCCAAGCUUACUGAUUUUGGAUUUUCGAAUAAGUUCUCUCCCGGUCAAAAACUCGAUACCUCAUGUGGGUCUCUUGCUUAUUCCGCUCCUGAAGUUUUGCUUGGAGAUUCGUACGAAGCUCCAGCAGUAGACAUUUGGAGUCUGGGAGUCAUUCUUUUCAUGCUGGUGUGUGGUCGCGCCCCAUUUUAUGAGGUUAACGACAGCGAAACACUCAUCAAUAUCAUGGAUGUGCGGUACAGUGUAUCUGAUCAUGUAUCUCAAGCCUGUCAGAGCCUCAUAGAAAAGAUGUUGGUGCGGGAGCCAUAUUUACGCUCCACUUUAGAGAGCAUAAUGGCUGACCCCUGGUUUCAGGGGGGACACCCUCCUGUACUUCCCACCCCUGUACCCUUAGUAACAGAACUCCCACUCACCCCAGAAGAACACAACUAUGUGAUGGACACGAUGGAGGCUGGGAACAUUGCUGACCGAGAGACUGUUCAAAAGUCCUUGGAAAACAAUACAUACGACCAUGUGACAGCAACCUACUACCUUCUAGCAGAACAGCUGUUACGGCGUUUGAAAACAUCAAACAGCAGCUUACAACCUUCCGUCAGAAGAAGAAAGAAUGGACGGCUUUCCUUGCCGGAGAACAGGCGACGAGAACAGCUCCCAAGCACUCCUGUGGUAGAAUUCGUGGAAGAAGAUAAAGAAAACGAUUCUGAGAACCACUCAGACACUGGCUCGGCCUCAAGCUCCCCGAGACUUCGCCGCAACUCCUCUGGAAGACUGGCGCCGAGGGAGGGGCAAAUGUUGAACGAAACGAUUAAGGCGCAUGCGAUCGAGGCGGAUGAAGUUCUGCACAGUUCGAUGGAAGAAGAUGAUCUAGUGGUGUCCGGAAGUCUUUCGAAAACGCAUGUAAAAUUCCACUCAACGAGCGCCCUUCCGGAUAAGCCUUCCACAUCGACAAACUCCCAGUUUUCGACCGAAAUCACUCCAAGUUUUCCGUCGUUGGCGCGACCUAGAGUCGGUCGCCACAGUCGAUUGGGAAAAGCGAAGAGCACUCCUUUGGCGUUGAAUCAAAUUCACGAGGAGCGUGAAUCUGAUUUAGAGGACAGUCCAGUUAACUCGCCGCGUGUUGAACGGACUAGAAAACAUCUCGGGGGAGGAGUGAUGAAAUCAAAAAGGACAACGCGCCGCCUGUCGCCGGUACCCUCGGGAGGCAGUCGGCGAUCCUCGAGUUGCAGUAGUUCAGAUGAAGACGAAAUCGAAAAACACAUGCGUAGGCUUAAAACCACUUCUGGAUGUAAAUUAAGUUCCAGGCGCGCGAAUAACGAUGAUGGCGACUUCGAUGGGGAUAACGGGGGAGGCAGUGGUGUUGGAGGAGGUAGUAGCCUGGGAACUACUCUAGUAGUUCCCUCGGAAAAUGGCUCGAGCGGAGAGCAAUCUUCGUCUAAUAAAAACCCACCGUCUAAACAAGAAAGUAACGGCAAAAACAACUGUUUAAACGUGAAUCAUGGAUUUGCCCCACUUUGCGAGGAUCUAGGCGUUAUAGAGGAGAGCAAUAAGGAAAACUUUGAUAAUAAUAUUGCAAACGAUGUGGAAGAACUUGAGAAGAAAGGAAAAACGGAGAUUUGCAAUGGGAAAAAGAGCCCACUCAUUGAGGAAUGUGACGUAUUACCUUCCAAAGGUGACGCGGAACAAGACCGAAACGGGUUUUUAGAGAAACGAAAUAGCGCCUCGAAGUACAUUCGUAAAAACUGCGACGCAGACGGAAGAACGUUUACUUUGAAUAACGACAACGAACAAGAGUAUAGCAAAAACAAGCGCAAUUCUCUUGAUGGUAUGGUAAAUAUAGAAAUCGGUGAUGUGAGCCUGCAGUCCAGAGACACAAAGAGGCUGGUGGAGGACACCAAGAAAAACAUGCGUUUACUCCACAGCCCAGCCAUUCAAACGGUGACCAGUAACUGCUGUCAAAUAUUUUGAUUCCAUCAUUUUCAGUUUCAUGUACAUAGGUCUGUAUGUCUUUACUUUCUUUUUUUAAUUUCCAAGUUGGCCGGAAGCAUGGUUUGAUCCUGAUUCCAGAAAUUGCUAAUAUAUUCUUGCAAAGUAAUUAGAGAUGCUAUGUAUUUUAUAUUGAUUUUUUUUGCUCCUUUUGUUUUACAAUUUUGAAUGAUGCGGUAAAAGUCAGUCAACUUUUAUUCCAAUUAAUUACCUAACGUACGUGAUAGUUAACAGCAGUUUUGAUGAGAAUUAUGAAAAUUUCAAAUUUUCCAAAAUUUUACGAAGAAAGUUUCUCCUAUUGUAUUCAUCGUUUGGACAAUUUUAAAACUGUGGUAAAUUUUGCUGGAAGUGUAGCUAAAAUUCUUCAUUUUUUUGGCUGGCGCCUUGUAGUGCUAAAUGUGCAUUACGAGCUACAAAGACAUCUGCGUUAGAAUCGAAUUUGCUGUGCUCCUCCAAGCCGGGAGCCUGUUCGCAGGCUAUAGAAAUAAUUAUUUUUUGGACAUCCAAAUAUGGAGGGAAGGAUUGCCAGAUCCUGCCUGAUUUUCUGACCUUUCACCUCCCCUCUUAGUUAGCGAAUGACCGCAGGUUCGGUUGUUGAUUCAAUUACACAAAGGACGCCUUCAAAGAAGGUACUAUUGGUUUGGUAUUGGGAUAAUUUGUUUGCGAUGACUAGUUGCGUCAAUUUUUAAACAUAUUGGUCAACUGUUUGUCUAAACAAAGUACUUUUGUACAGCCGUCUCUGUAUUAGAAUAUUGUAGAUAGCUUGUGAAGAAUUCGAGUAGUGGGCUGAUGCUUUGUUGAUCAGCUUUUGACGUUUGUAAAAUAAGGGAAAGAUUGGUAGUCUCGUUGCCAUACAGUGCAGUUAAAAAAGUCUGCAGUGACAGGUUAAGGAGUUGCAUAGUAUUGUCAUCCAUGUUUUUUAGGAACUGCCUUGUUACUUUUCCUUGGACAACAAAAACAAAUCUCUUGAUUCGACUUGCAGGUAUUUGAAUUUUGCAGUGGAAAAUAACAUUCAACGCGUGAUGUUUAUAGAUAACGCAGCAACGAGACAACAUCUCCUUAGGGAAUAUCCCUUUGUGGGGGUCUCCCAGGGCUUUGGGGGAACAAGGGAACAUGAUCACUUAUUUCAAGGGAACAAGGGAUACUUGUGGGAUUAAUUUGAAGGAACAAGGGAUAUCUUUGCAAGAGAACUUUGACAAAAUAUUGUAGGGAACAGUGGAAUAUAUUAAUAGGGAACAUGGGAGGAAAGUGAAAUUUUCAAGGGAUCUAGGGGACAUGCUGCCCGCCCCUCUCCCACCCCCUGAGAGGCCCUCAACGGUGAACGUAAAGUUGCCAACGCACCUAGUUAUGCGUGCGCUUUCACAGGUAACAGUGUCUGCUGUGUUCGAGUUAGCAUGUUGUUGUAUAAGAUGCCUGAAAUCUGGUUAAAGCAUUUAAUCCCCCUAUGAUGUAAUAAAGCUAAAAGCUUAUCAGUCAAGUAGGUAUGGAAGCGUCUCUGUAAAUCUUCCCAAGGAGUACCUUUUCAUUUAUGAACUCUAAAAAUUACUUCUUACAUAAAAAUGUAUUCCUGUAAAAUUAAGACGAGAUAUCGCGUUAUGUUUCCGUUUAUGAUACUCUUUUACUUCUUAAUCCAAAUAACAGAAUGAUGUAACGUGUAUUUUUUAAUUUAUUGGCCAGUCUUAACAAUACCUGGCAUUUAUUGUACAUAGUGAAUUUAUAAAGUAUAUGUAAAAUGCCCUAAGUGUGGCUUUAAAUGAAUGCCAUGAACUUUGCUAUUAAAUAUACCUAAGAGCUGGCUA